GCAAAGAGGACCAAAAAGGUUGGAGUUGUCGGGAAGUAUGGUACACGUUACGGUGCCUCACUCCGUAAAAUGGUGAAAAAAAUGGAAAUUACACAGCACUCUAAGUACACAUGUGUUUUCUGUGGAAAGGUAAGUCUAGAAGGUUUCUCUGUUAAGGCUGUCAGUUAACAGAAAAAGAGGGAAAGUGUUUGUGGAAGGACACUGAAACAGAAAACAACUUUCAAAAUAGCCAGCAUGAGAUGUCUCCUCUACUCGAAAUAAAUCAAUAUUUAUUGCUUUCUGAACCGUUCUUCCAGCAUCUUGCAUCUUAUCAUAAAUAAAACAGCGAAAUGAAAUAAUCAUUAAGUUUGUCCAGCUUAACUGAACACCCUGUCAACGUUGAACCAACCCCUAAAAAAAGUGGAUAUGCAGAUAUGUGGUCACCAUGUACUGGUGUAUUCUUAUUUUGAUAAGGUAGCUGUGUUGAGCAACAAUGAACACCAAUUUUUGUAACAGAAUUUGUAUGAAGAAAGAGUUUAGAUCCCAGUAGAGGGAAGUGUUUCACCCUUGUCAGCCAACACUGCCACCUUGAUAUCAGCUACAAACUAGCCAUCUGCGUAUCCACUCUGUAUUGCAUAUCAACGUAACUGCUUAUCUACUUCCUAAAAACCUUUAAAUAGAAUUCUUUGCUUUUCUGUAUAUCCACUUUAGAUAUACACUUAGAACAGCAUUUAACAGCAUUGUCCUUAGGCCUAUUUUGCAUACAUCAGGAAGAUCUGGCGUGAUUAGAAUUUUCACUGUUUCCACGAUCAUCCCAGAUGUACCGAUAUGUCAGAGAAAUCCAGAGUCUGUCCCUUAUGCCAUUUCGAUUUAUGAGAGAAAAAGACCAGAGCUAAGCAAUAGUGCUUAGACCAGAGCUAAGCAAUAAUACUUAGCUCUGGUCUUUUUCUCUCACAAAUCAAAAUGGCUUAAGGAACAGACUGGAGGGUUGGGACCAAGCAAGAAUAACUGCCCUUGACCCCUGACAUCCCUGACAGCACAAAUUUGAAGUUUUGGUAUCAUUGUCAGGAGUGAUCGUUCGACAUUGCUGAAAUCUGGGAUGCAUCUGGAAAAUAGGAAUGCUUCUGGUUCUUCCGUUAAUUGGGAAACAUUAUUUGUCACAAACCACCCCAGAUGAAGUGGAAUAUAUCUUCAAUUUCUUGUUUUCGUUAGAUCAGCAACAUCUGUUAUUAUUGGGGAACAGUGAAAUCUCCUAUCUUCUGGAAUACUCCCAACAUAUGAAAAGUGCCAGGCUUAAAAGCUGUUGAAGUUUAUAGAAAAGUUUAUAAAAGGAAUGACUAGGCAUUCACAUAUCCAGCUCUUUCCAGUGUCAGGGUACUGUACAUGCAUUGUGCGGUCAAGUAUUUCUGGAAGCGAAGAAACUAGUCCAGAGAUAUAUCAAAAGUUUGCAGUAUAGUGGAACUCCGUUAAUGCAACCACCAUUGGGCCAUACAAUCCUGGUCAAAAUACAAGAAGCUCGCACUAACAGGGUCUUCAAAAUAAUAAAAUGACUCAGUUAUUUUUUACGUUUGGGUCAAAAGAAUAUGGUUGUAAUAACCAGGUGGUCAUAUAAACAGGGUUGUCAUAAGGCGGGGUUACACUGUAGUUGUGUUCCUGCCAAUCAUAGCAGGUCACAUGGGCUUUGAAUAUGACACUUCCCUGAACUGAGGCAAAAAUCAGAAAGUAAGUUUGCCUUAAUUCAAGGUAAUAGUAAAGACUUUAGUUUACUGGUUCACGCAAAUGUUUUAUCUUUAAAAGGUUACAAGCUUAGCUUGUAGGCAAUUUACAUAUAUUCUGUAAACUCACUACCCCAACGGGUCAUUAUUUUGGUUUUUGAUCUAAUACAAGAGAAUUAAUGCUCACUUAAUUUGCUUUACAGGAAGCGCUAAAAAGGCAGUGUGUUGGUAUUUGGUAUUGCAAAGGAUGCAGAAAGACUAUCGCUGGAGGAGCAUGGGUUGUCAGGUACAGCAUGCAA